AUGAGUGAGACUGUUUUCGUUUCUGGAGCUACUGGCUUCAUUGCCCAACACAUUUGCAAACUUCUUCUCGAUAAAGGAUACACUGUCAUUGGAUCUGCGAGAUCUGAGGCUAAGGGUGAGCACUUAGCUCAAUUGUUGAACUCUACAAAGUUCAGCUACGUUGUCGUUCCAGAUGUUCAAUUUGAAGGCGCUUUCGAUGAUGUUUUGGCAAAAAACCCUCAGAUUUCUGUGUUUUUGCACACUGCAUCUCCUUUCCAUUUCAAGGCUACAAAUGUCGAGGACGAGUUGCUUAAACCGGCAGUUCAUGGAACAAAAAAUGCCUUGAAGUCAAUUACGAAGCACGGUAAUAACGUGAAGCGUGUGGUCAUCACGUCUUCUUAUGCAGCCAUUUCCACUGCUGAAUCUGAAGCUGACCCUUCGGUGGUCAACAACGAAAAAACAUGGAACCAAAUCACCUGGGAAGAAUCCAAGCGUGACCCUGUCCUGGGAUACAGAGGUUCGAAAAAGUUUGCAGAGCUUGCUGGAUGGGACUUUGUGAAGGAACAAAAGCCAAAUUUCAUCAUUAAUUACGUUAAUCCAUCUUUUGUCUUUGGUCCCCAAGCAUUUGACUCAGAGGUCAAGGACAACUUAAACACCUCGCUGGAGAUCAUUAACAAUCUCUUGAAAUUGACUCCAGAAUCGCAAAUCCCACCUACUCGUGGAGGCUUUGUUGAUGUCAGAGAUGUAGCCAAGGCGCACUUAAUUGCCUUUGAGAAGCCAAUUGAAAACGAAAGAUUGUUGAUGAAUGCAGGUAGAUUCUGCAGCCAGGAUUUGCUUGAUGUCUUGAAUGCCAAGUUCCCAGAAUUGAAGGGUAAGAUUCCAGUUGGAGAGCCAGGUACAGGUCACCUUGUGAACGAUGCCAUGUGCAAAAUUGAAAAUGAACACACCAAGAGCAUUCUUGGCUUUAAGUUGAUUGACUUGGAGACCACUGUAUACGACUCUGUUAAGCAAAUCCUUGAUGCCAAGAAAGGCUCGAAGAUUUGA